CGGCCAGUGUGUACCAUAUUCCCUUAGCGAUAAGGCCCUCACUGACGACACACAUGUGUUUGAAUCAGUAUAAAAGCAGAAGGACUUAUAUAACAGUUUCACUGGAGUAAGCACUACUGACACUAUGUUUCCGCCGUGGAUUUUCACGAUCGCGUACCUGAUUCAUGGUGCGCUUGCAGGCCCAUACAGCGAUCCCCACUGCGGGGCAGGACGAGAUACGAUAGUGCACUUGUUUGAGUGGAAAUUUUCGGACAUCAAAGCGGAAUGCGAGCGGUUCCUGGGACCCCUAGGAUUCUGUGGCGUUCAAGUAAGCCCUAUAGCCGAGAACGCAGUGGUGACCGAUCCUUACAGACCUUGGUAUGAACGCUACCAGCCCGUUAGUUACAACAUCAUAACUCGCAGCGGCAAUGAGCAACAGUUCAGAGAUAUGGUGUCCACUUGCAACAAAGCCGGAGUGAGAAUCUACGUAGACGUUGUCUUCAACCACAUGACCGGCAGUUACACAGGGCAUGGAACAGGAGGAAGUAGCUUCGACGGUGGCGCAUGCAGGUUCCCUGGUGUACCAUAUGGACCAAACGACUGCAAUGCUGGAGACAACUGCCACACGGGCGACGGCAGCAUUCACAAUUACGGAGACCCCGAGGAAGUUCGAAACUGUCGUCUCUCCUCGAUGGCCGAUUUGCGACUUGGCUCAGAUUACGUGCGGGACAAAAUUGCUGGUUUUCUGAACCAUCUGAUUGAUUUUGGAGUUGCUGGAUUCCGAGUUGAUGCUGCCAAGCACAUGUGGCCCGGCGAUCUUGGCGCUGUUUUUGCCAGACUUCACAAUCUCCGUGGCGACACGUUUGGAUCUGGAAAAAAACCGUUCGUCGUCCAAGAGGUCAUUGAUAUGGGCGGCGAACCAAUCAAAAUGAGCGAGUACUUCGGAACUGGUCGUGUUACGAACUUUAUUUAUGGAGUCAAGUUAGCCGACGUGUUUUUGCGCCACUCUAACCAAGCAAAGUGGCUGAGCAAUUUCGGCGAAGGUUGGGGCAUGCCGAGUACCAACGACGUCCUCGUGUUCCUUAAUAACCAUGACAACCAACGUGGGCAUGGAGGUGGUGGUGGUCCUAUUACUUUCCGUCAGCCAAAGGAGAUGAAAAUCGCCACUGCCUUCAUGCUGGCCCAUCCGUACGGUUUUCCGAGAGUCAUGAGUAGCUACGACUGGCCCGUCAACUAUCAAAAUGGCAAUGACCAAAACAACUGGAUGGGCCCCCCUCACAAUGAUGACAUGGGAACUAAGGAUGUCCGUAUUAACCCCGAUAAUACCUGUGGUGAUGGAUGGGUAUGCGAACACAGGUGGCGACAAGUGUACAAUAUGGUUGCCUUUCGAAAUGUGGUGGCCGGAACUCCUAUACAGAACUGGCAGGCUCUAGGCGAUAAUCAAAUAGCUUUCUCACGGGGAAACAAAGGUUUUAUCGCCAUCGUUGGCGAUGGAAGUCAUAUGAACAGCGAUCUAAACACCGGUCUGUCAUCGGGAGAUUACUGUGACGUCAUAUCGGGAAAUUACGAAAAUGGCGCGUGCACCGGAAAGACCGUGCACGUUGAUGGAAGUGGGCAUGCGCAUUUCAGCAUCAACGGCCAAUCAGACGAACCAGUUGUGGCCAUUCAUAUAGGUGCAAAAUUAGGGAGCCCAAAGAAGGUGACAACCUAGGUUCGAAAAUUAAAGCCUUGCAUUAAGUACCAUGUUUUGUUUGUGUGUGUUCGUUUUUAUGUUAACACGUUUUCCUCUUUGUUGCACGAUGUUCUGUAUUACCAUGUAGUCGUUGUGACAAUAAAUAAGUUAACCGUA